AUGGCGCCUGCCUCGGCGGUGCGCUGUGCCGCCGUGGCGUCGCUGGCCCUGGGCACAGCCGCGCUUAACCUCGCGGACGGCGCGCACGGCGGCGGCCAGGCGGGGACCCUCGCGGGCGAGCGCGCCGGGCCGGCGGAUAUCAUCCCCGACGACCUCUGGGCAGUCCACGACCUGCUGCUCGCGGGCUACACCGCGCCAUUCAUGAAGGAGGGGGCGGGCAAGCAGGAGGCGCGCCAGAGCGCGGUGAAGCUCGCCAGGCUGCUCCCGCAGGUCCACCCCCACGGGCCCUGCCGCGCCCGCAUCGGCGCCGCGCUCGAAGGCUGGGACCCGGUGGCGGAGCCCGAGAGGCGGGCGGGGGUCACCGCGGCCGCCCGGGAGGCGUGGGCGUGCCUGCCUGGCAACUUCACCGAGGCCUCCUUCAGCACCCCGUACACCGAGGAGGCGAUAGACAGUCUGGCGAAGGCCCAGUGGGCGCGCAUGCCCAGCGUGAAGCAGAGGCUCGGGGCGUGCGAGGGCAGCCAGUGGCCCCGCACGUGCUCCUACUGGUCCGCGAUGCACACCAUGGCGCACAGGGCGGACCAGCUCGAGCUCGGCGCCCAGUUCCUGGGCGCCGUCAUGCCCAUUCUGGCUGGCGGCGCAACGCUGUGCGGGGGGUGCACCCUGCACAUGAGGGCCCUGCACGCCCCUGUGCUGACCGAGGCGAUGGCUACGGGCCUCGGGGAGCUUUUCUGA